AUGUCUGCAGCUACUGAGCAGCAUUUGGCAGGGCAAGUGCCCAUCACUGCAACUGCGUCCCAAGCUACCAGCGACCCCAUCCGAGAUCAAAACACCUCGGACUUGUCCCCUGAGUCCCGACCAGAAUUAGGGAUGAAUGGAGUGACCGAUGGUGCCACGGCCGCUGCUCCUACUGCCCCUAAUGUCAGCAAUGUGACCAAGGAGGAGAAGGUUGGAAAGGGGGAGGUCAUGGUUGAGUCCCACCCAAUCAAUGAGGGCGUUCUGAACUACAAAGGUCCUGGCCUCAAGGGUCUCAUCUUCUCCAAGAAGUACUUCUGGCUCAGCGAUGCACCCUUGGAACAUGGACACCUCUCUGGAUACCUCAGCAACGAGAAGUCAAAGGACAUCGCACAUCCCAACGCUGCACAUGCCAGCCAAACGGGUAAAGGUCUUCUCUUCUACGCUAAGCGCGCUGAGGAUAAGGGUCAUCCCCAAGGCAUGUUCAAUCUGGCCAAUGUUACCGACGUGGUAAAGGGCAACUUCAACGACUUUGGAUUCAGUCUCAAUGGCCACAAGCACAAUUUCCAAGCCAUCAAUAAGUCAGAGAAGGAUGCCUGGUUGGUAACAAUCGAGACCAAGGCAGCUGAAGCCAAGACUGCACGUGAAGGCAUCGUUGGCAGCUCUGGCUACAAGAGUCAGCUUGAGAAAUACGGUGCUGGUGCCGCUGCCACCACUGGUACUUCUCGCUCUCGAUCUCGAGGAAUGAUGGCUAGCAAAUCCCGCGAACGUAGGACCAAAGACACUACGACCCACACCACUCCUGAGGCAGCCGCCGCUGCGUUCGACACGACGCCUGAGACAGCGACCGGCAUCCCCACCGGCGACGCUCCCAACCCUGUCGCGGACUCGACCACUGGUACGACCUCUGGCACGACUACAGGCGCUGCUAACGGUGCGACCACCGGCGAACACGUCGGUGAGGCCGCUGCUGGUGGUGCUGCUGUGGGUGCUGUUGCUGGCGCAGCCGCGGCUCGAAAUGGCUCUACCUCCGAGGAAGAGAAAUCCAAGGCGGCAAAAAAGAACCGCUCUCAAUCUCGCAACAACAAACGUUCCAGUAUAUUCGGAGGCCUCCUAGGCAAAAAGGAGGACAAGAACCUAGAUAAAGAGGAAAAGAAGGAAGACAAGGCCGAAGACAAGGCCAUUAAGAGGGAGAUCAAGAGAGAAGACAAAGCCGACAUGAAGGAGCUCAAGAAGGAGGAGAAGGCCGAGAAGAAGGAAGACAAGGCCGUUCGAAAAGAGGAUAAAGCUGUCGCGAAGGAGAUCAAGCACGAAGACAAGGCCGAGAAAAAGGCCGAGAAGCAGGAGUUGGAGGAAGAGGCCAAGGAGGAUAGGCUCGUUGAGAAAGAGGUCAAGCAACAGGGUGUUGCUAAGACUGGCGACUUCGACGCCGUUGCUGUUGCAUCUCGUGUUAUUGGGGAGCCCGUCGUUCCUGCUGAAGAAGCCGCCACUGGUGUUGGUGCCUCAGGCGUGGCACCGGUCGCUGGUGCAGAAUCUACCGUUGCCGAGACCACCCCAGCCUCCACCACUCGGGAGACUGCACCAAAGCCAAACAAGAGAAACUCAAUCUUCGGUAGUAUCUUUGGCAAGAAGGAUGCUGCAACCCCCGCUUCAACGGAGGUCCCAUCAGCUGUUCCGGCGAAGGACGAGCAGUCUACUUUGUCAUCCACCGCACCGCAACUUGACAGCCCUGUGACCUCGCCCACUGCUGAGACCACCGCAGCCACCACAGAAACCCCUGCUACAGCCGCUGAACCAACCACACCAGCGGCCGCUACCUCUCCUAUCUCUCCUACCGAUAAGCGUCGCACCUCUUUCUUCGGCAACCUCGGGACGAAGAAGGAGCGGAGGACUGGGGGCACAUCCGACAACGAAUUGACUGACGGCGAGGGCAAGAAGCAAUCCUCCAGUGGAUUUGGUGGGCUUCUCCGAAAAGCAAGCCGUGCUCAAAAGGGUUCCUCCCCAGCAGCCAGCAAGGAUGCCGCCAACGUUCCGCUCCCGACCGACACCCCAGCCGAUGCGACCAAAGCCGGUGAGACCCUCGCCGAGAAGCCAGCAAUGACCGAAGGCGAGAUCGGAAACAUGACUGGAACCCACGAGCAGACUCCGGUUUCAGCUGCCGCCUAA